AUCACAGAGAGGAGCAGUGCGGUGCGAGAGUGAGGCAGAGACGGGCUCGUGUAUAUGGUGUAAGUCCAUAGAGCUGCUGAAGUCCACCUCAGCAUCUCCAUGUGCUUGUGUCUGAGGCAAGUACUGGAACUACUACUACUACUACUGCUCUGUGAAGACUGAAGAUGGAAAUAGACCCGGCACAUUUCUCACACAGCCCACAACACAGAGCCGAUCUGAGGCCGACUUCAGAGCGCGGUUUCUACCUGAGCCCCCCUCCUCUGCUCAUCAAAGCCCCAAAGCUCCCCGCUACAGCUUUCCCUGGUGUUACACCCAAUGGAGCCAAUGCAUACAGCGUCUUCAGCCCACCUGCCUUCUUUCCCAUGCUCGGAUUUUCUCACCGGGAGCCAACACAAACACGUAAACAUUUUAAAACAGAAUACAAAGAUGAGCAAGAUGACCAAAAUGACAAGAAAGCAUCUGAAACAACUGUGUGGAGUCCCAUCGGCACGCUAUCUCCAAAAUCAGGGAUGAUAGAGUUAAACAGAUGCAAUAGUGACACAAUACAAGUCAAGCAAGAACCUAUAAGCCCCACUCCAAUAUGGCCGACAUCUCCUUACCUCCUCCAUCCUCCAUACUUACCCCCGCUACAUCACAAUCUCCUCCCAUACCCUUACUAUUUACCCGGGACCUUCAUGCGCCUAUCUCCUAGUACCUUCUACCAGAGAGAAGACGUUCGCCCCGCUCCCAAAACACGAGAACUUGUACCUUCUCGCAACGUCCCAGCUACCACCAACCCGGAGAAGCUAACCAUUAACGUUCACGUAGACGAGAGCUACUAUGUUGACGUCGGCGGAGACCAGAAGAGAUGGAAGUGCCGAAUGUGUGACAAGUCUUAUACCUCGAAGUACAAUUUGGUGACGCAUAUUUUGGGGCAUAACGGGAUAAAACCUCAUGGAUGCCAUCUUUGUGGGAAGUUAUUCAAGCAGCUGAGUCACCUGCACACUCAUCUCCUCACGCACCAGGGCAUGAGACCACACAAGUGCAAGGUCUGCCAUAAGGCCUUCACCCAAACCAGCCACCUGAAAAGACACAUGAUGCAGCACAGCGACGUCAAGCCGUACAGUUGCAGUGUUUGUGCUCGGGGGUUUGCAUAUCCCAGUGAGCUCCGAGCCCACGAGCUGAAACACGAGAAAGGCCAAGAGAACAUCUGCGUGGAGUGUGGCCUGGACUUCCCAACCCUCGCCCAGCUCAAGAGGCACCUGACUGUGCACCGCGGCCCCACACUGUACAGGUGCUCAGAAUGCCAGAAGACAUUUCAAUAUCCGAGUCAGCUUCAGAAUCACAUGAUGAAACACAGAGACAUCCGCCCGUACAUCUGCACCGAGUGUGGCAUGGAGUUUAUACAGUCCCACCACCUCAAGCAGCACACGCUCACACAUAAAGGAGUGAAGGAGCACAAGUGCCGUAUCUGUGGCCGUGAGUUCACCCUGCUGGCCAACAUGAAGCGUCACGUCCUCAUCCACACAAAUGUCAGGGCCUAUCAGUGCCACAUGUGCUUCAAGAGCUUUGUGCAGAAGCAGACGCUCAAGGCACACAUGAUCGUGCACUCUGACAUCAAACCCUACAAGUGCAAGCUUUGUGGGAAAGAGUUUAACAGAAUGCACAAUCUGAUGGGCCACAUGCACCUUCACUCCGACAGCAAACCCUUCAAAUGUCUGUACUGCGCCAGCAAGUUCACCCUGAAGGGGAACCUCACCAGACACAUGAAGGUUAAACACGGCAUCAUGGACCGCGGCCUGGAUCAAAGACUGUUCAGACAGAGAGGCAGAUUCUGCUUGCCCGCCUCUGUCAGCCUGAUCUCCCACUUCAGCCAAGAGGAGCCAUUUGAUCUAUCCCAGAAGCCCACGAGUGACCCAGGCUUGCGCUUGACCCAGUCCGAUGGAGAGAGCAUCCCUGGGAGCUCCGGCCAAGAAGAGGAUGAAGAUAGUCUGUAUAGAAGAAGCCAGUACAGCCCUGAAGAAGCCCAGAAUGAGCCAACGGAAGAAGAGAGAGGACAGAAAGACGAAGGCCAACAGUUUAAUGAGAGUGAUUUUGUAGAGCCUGAGGAAACAUCGGGAAUCUGUAGACAAACUUAUGAUCAUGAAUUUACUGUAAACUCCGAGUUGACUAGAAUGAGCGAGGGGGAGAGGAACCAAAACGGGUCAGAAAAGGCUGAGAGCAAUUACAAUAGUGUGAAGGUGGAAGUUGCAGGUAGACAGAAUGAGGAAGAAGAUGAGGAAUGACAGAAACAAGUAAAAGGAACAGAGGAACAGAGGCAACGUGAGCAGACAGGGAAGUGGAGGCAUCAAACCAAAGAAUGGAGAUUAAUGUGGUUUAAAGGGCCUGUGUGAAGCUUUUUCUGAUCCAGGUUAUAAUGUUGUUUCCUCAUUUCAGCCCUGGAAUCGCCAAUCUACUGAACCAAAGGUAAAAGGUUAAUUUGAAAACUACCACUACAUGACAUCACAAGGUGGAACAGAUAAUUUUAAGCUUUAAAGAUGUAAACAGACAAAUAAUAAAGUAACUUAAACAUGUGUGAAUGAUACAAAACACAACUCCAGGUAUGUUUUUGUGGAGGUAACAGCAUUAUAACAUGGCUUAAAGCUCACAAGAGCCAUUUUGUGUAAUAUGGGACAUUUAAGUAUCUCGGGUUGAUUUGAAAAAGCUGUGAAUUUUAAUGUAUCUUUUUUUUUUUUACUUUUUUAUCAAUAACAUCAAUAGAUUUUGUUGGUUAAAGUAACAUGGAAUCAGAACCCUUUGUAUUGUAACCAGUGUUAUUUAAAGCUACCAUCUGUGAGUUUAUUUGUGAAACAUGCCCCUUCCCCCUCCUCCUGUAUAAACAAGUGGGGUAAGUGAGUGUAACGUCACCCAUAGCGUUCAGCUCCACUCAAAUGAAGCUCAUCGCGGUUGGCAGUUAUAGGGGCGAAUUUGGAGUCAAGUUGCAUAUUUGGACUUCCAACCACAAGUGUCAUGGCAACAGAUGCUUUGCAACGCUGUCAAUCAAACGGGGAAAGAAGGCGCCUGAUGUUUGUUUUUAAUGUUCAUAUCUUGAUUUACGCACAUAAUAGUGAAAUAAAAACACCAGGAUUAUGUAGAGCGGGUUAAUACAAACAUUUUAAAACCAAAAAUGAUGAGCCUGACACCAACAGCUACAGAGAGAGGCCACAGUGUUUCAGUGUAAAGUGAAUUGGAGCCAGAGUGCUCUCUGGUUUUCUUCUGUCAGGCCAAAGCUGGAACACUAUCAGACAGCAGUAAUGCAUGCAGCAUCUAGUGGUGACUCAUGAAAAUACAACAGGGCCAGGUUCCCAAUCUAAUUACGAAUGGUAGCUUUAAAGUGAGCAUGAUUUUUUUCUGAUUCUGAUUUAUCUGAUUGUCUGUAGUUAGAUUUUGUUGAUUAAUUAAUUAAACUGAUUCCAGAUGAAGUGCAGACAGAGCAGAUUUUUAUUACUGAAUUUCAAAUAUGUUUGAAUUAUGAUCCAUAUAAAAUAGUAAUAUAUUUAAUAAUUAACUUAAUCGUGAUCAUAACUGCUUUUAUUUUAUUUUGAUUUUUAAGUUUUAAAUGUAACAGAAAUCAUUCUUUUAAAUAAACGUUUUGAUCUG